AUGUCAAUCCCACACUGCCCUUCCCUUCUCCUCCACUCCCCCCUCCCCCUCUCUUCCCCUCCUCCCCUUCCUCCCCGUAACCUCAGGAGUCCCGCCAUCUGCGCGCCACCAUCAUUCAGGCCGUCUCUCGCUUCAUUGCAUCCUUGUCUCACGACAGGCCAACUUCCACAGCCCCUCGCUUUCCUCCCUCCCCGUCCCUCAGGAGUCACUUCAACUCCACGCCACCAUCAUCAAGGCCGAGAAGAGAGCAACGCCACUGCGCUCUCAGUCUCUCCCCUCUCAGUCUCCAGUGCUGCCUCCACAGCAGUUAUUGGCGCCAAGAGUGCCUUCAUUCCCGUCCGCAGUGCCAUCAUUGCCACCCGCAGUGCCAUCAUUGCCACCGGCAGUGCCAUCAUUGCCACCGGCACAGCAAUCGGUGAAUUCCAAGUGCCGUCAGGUGGUUUUCAGGUACCUUCCGCUGCAGGUGUUUCUCAAGGGCCUUCAGAUUCAGAUGCGCCCGGUGCUUUUCAGGUGCCAUCAGGUGGUGGUGGAAGGCGGAUAAGAUCAGAAUCAAAUCAGAGCCAGGUGCUUUCGGUGGGGAGGAGAGCGGCUGCUGAUGUGGCGGUUCCCGAUUGGCCUUCCCAGCCAAAAAUCCCCGCCCAGGAGCGUGCUUACGAGGAGAAGUCAGUGUGGAUAAGGGGAGGAGGAUUGCAGGUGGAUGGUUGGAAUGGUGGGGAAAAUGGGAAGGAUGGUGAGGAUGGGAAGAGAAGAGCUAUACCGUUUCCGGCAUGGGAGGAGGUGUUGAUGUAUGGGAGUCGAGCCAUGCCUCUUGCAUGGAUGCUUCAGCCUCUAGAACAAAUCUCUCCAUUUUACUUCUCCGGAUGUAGUAGCAUGAGUUGUGGGGCGGACGGAGAAGGCACAGGGAGCAUUGACAGAAGUAGGGGUGGGAAGAGCAGUGGAGGAAGUGAGAGCAGUGGGGGCAGGGACAGCAGUGGGGAGGGGGUCACUGGUGGGAGUGAGCUGUUGAGUCAGGAGGGCAAGAGGAGCUGGAUUGAACGAGGCCCGUUAGCCCUUCACCAGGCCUUCAUUCAAAUCCUUUCUGCAGACCCAAUAGCCCUCCGAACCGGAGGCUUGGACGUUCGGUUCACAGGCGAGGGUGGGGCCGCAGGUCCGGGAGUGCUCCGGGAGUUCUUCGCCUUCGUUCGGGCACACCUCUUCGACCCGAACCUGGGCCUCUUCUCUCCCGUACCUCACGACCCGAGCCGGUUCUCCCUCUCCCUGGCCUCCCGAGCCAACCCUGCCGAAGCUAAGGAGUACCUUCGAUUUGCCGGACGUAUCCUGGCCCUUGCUUUGGCGCAUCAGGUCCCAUUAGGAGUGAAGCUGUCUCGGUCCCUGUUUGUGUUGCUUGCGGCUCGCACACCCUCGCUGGCUGAUGCUGCUGAUGAUGAUCCCCAGCUUGUUGCUAGCUGUCGGUCUUUGCUGGCUAUGGCUGAAAGGGAGAGGGAAGAAGCAGCACAGGGAGGAGGAGGAAGAGAAGGAGGAGGAGUGGAGUCAUUGUGUCUCACCUUUGUGGCUUCGGUAGAGGAUCCGAUGGGGGGGGCACCAAUCGAAGCAGAGCUUGUUCCAGGUGGCAGCGAGCGAGUGGUUUGUGCUGAUGAUGUGGCGGAGUUUGUGCAGCGGAUGGUGCAGUUUAGAGUGUGCGGGGUGGUGGAGGAGGAGGGGGAGGCGUUGCGGCGAGGCAUGGAGGAUAUAUUGGGGAGCGGAGGAGGGCGGGAUGUGAUUGUAGGGAAAGGAGAUGUGGUGGAAGGAAGGGAAGGGACGGAUGGGAAAGGAGGGAUGGGUGGAACAGAAGGGAGUUUGGGAGGAUUGGGAGGUGGCUUUGAGAGAGAUGAGGAACAACACCUGUCGAUCCACAAGGAUGAUGAUUGUUGCGGUGAUUCGAUUGAAGGCCUGAGUCUCGCUGCCAUGCUCGCUCCCCUUUCAUGCGAUGAUCUCAAUUCGCUUCUCCACGGGGAGGACCGCCACGUGGCGGUCUCUGAUUGGCAGGCACACACGGUGUACCAUGGGUAUUGUCCGGAAGAUCCCCAAGUUUUGUGGUUUUGGGAAGUUGUGGAGUCGUUUUCGGGUGAGCAGCGGAAGUCGCUGCUGUUUUUUGCGACUGCUGUUUCGAAUCUGCCCGUUAACGGAUUCAAGGGGCUGGCGAUGGGGUUUCAUCUGCAUCGGGCAGAUGGGGAUCUUUCGCGCCUGCCCACGGCACACACGCGCUUUCAUCAGUUUUUGCUACCCCCAUAUGAGAGCAUAGAGAUGAUGCGUAUGCGCUUGCUCACUUUCGUGAGCACGUCAUAUAUUGUUCACAGCUUUGGAUUUGCAUGA